UGAGCAGCACAGAGGCAGUCUGGCAGGCUGUAGAAGGGAAGUCUGUUUAAUAGAGGAACAGCUAACUGUAAAAGCAAAUCAAGAAAUGUUCCUCUUGCUGCAGGUAGGAGGUAGGUGUGGAUGUGAGCAGUGGUGUUAGACCCCCUGCGAGGUGCAGCUUGGAUGGACGUAUAACCAGACCUGUUUCAUCAAAGGAAAGCAGAAAUUCUGUGAUGGCUGCAAAAUCCAAGAAAAGUUUAAGAGGCUCCAUUGAUGACGUGCUGGGUGAUCUUCUGGGAUAUGAUGAUGAAGUCCCUGUUAAAUCUGCUAAACCUUCCCAGCCAGCUGUUGUCAGCAGCGGGAGAGCCCGGGGCACCAGCUUGCAGGCCGGCAAGAAGUCCUUUCUGGAGGAUGAUUUCUUCAGCAAACUCCCUGCAGAGGAUGUGGAAGCCUCAGAGGGAUCCAGUGUUUCCGAUGCAGACCCACAAGCUGUGCUGCAAACCCUGAAGGACAUGGAUGACAUGGAAGCUGAUCUCCUGGGAAUAUCAAAACCCAGUUCUGGGCGCGGGAAGGCAGCCACAAAAGGUGCUGGGAAAUGCGACUCCUCAGAAGGAGCAGUAAAAACGUCAGGGAAGGUGCCAGCUCCUGAGAAAGAAGAGUCUGCACCUGUGACGGAAAAGAAGCCGCUCUCAUCCCCACCUGCUUCCCGACCGUAUAAGAAAUUUAACUUUGAAGAUUUAGACGAUCCUUUAGCUGGGCUUUUAUCUGAUGAGGAGCAAGAUGCUCCCAAGAAGCCACCUCCAAGAGGCUGUGAAGGUGUCCCUGAGAAAAAAACAGAACCAAGCAAAGACAAAGAGCCACCCCCACCCCAGACACCCCUUCACGCGGCAGCCCCAGUCCGGAGGAGGGAGGAGCUCACAUUUGAAGAUGAUGGUGAUGACCUGAUGGAUGCGCUGGGAUUUGGUAACAGCCCAAAAGGAGACCAGAAGCAGGGAAAGAAGGCAGAAGAGGAGGAGGUGCGUCCAGCCCGCUCCAAGCUGGAUGAGUUACUGGGAAGAGGCUCCGUCGCCAAAAUCCUGGAGCGGCCAGGCAUGGGAGAGGGCAAGGAGUUCAAACUGGAUAAGAAAUACCAAAAGCAGCCAGAGAAGGAAGAGGGCUGGGAUGAGGAGGAAUUUGUCUUUGGAGCCUACCAGCCCACGGUGGCCUCCACGCCCGAGGGCAGGCCGGCAAGGAGGCAGUCUGUGAGGUUUUCAUCUGAGAACGUCAGCGAACCGAAACUGGACUCACGCUCCAAACCUCCUCCUGCAGCCAGCCAGAGCCCCGUGCGGGCCAGCAGGGCUGGGGCUGACUGGCUGGGCCUGAAGGAUGAGGACUUCAUGGAUUCGGAGCCAACAUCUCCAGCUAAGGCCAGUCCUGUGGUGAGCUCCCGCCAGCUCCCGGCCACGGAGGGAGAAGCCCCUAAACCCACCUGUGUGGAAGAGGAGAACUGGCUGAGUGCUGCUUUGUCUCGCAAGAAAGCCCAAGCACAGGCAAAGGCCCAGGAGAGAAGUGCUGCGCCCUUGGAGACCCCAAGCAAAAAAACAGACCCCCACCCUCCGUCCAGCCAGCCUACCAGCACUGCAGGAGCACCACCGCAGGCAGCUGCCCUGCAGGACAAGGCAGCGAGCACAGACAGCUCUGGGCACCCGGUCCCCUGGCUCAGCACUGCAACACAAGCUUCAGCUCACCCGUCGGAGCCUGCAAAGGGAGAUCCCCCAGGAGGUGCCAGCGCCAACGGCCCUGCAGCAGCAUCCCCAGCAAAGCAGGAGGUGCUGGGCCCUGCCCCACUUGCUCAGGUUACCACCCCCAGGGUACCCCUUCAGGCUACCCCGCAGCUGCAGGCUGAUUUCCAAGCCCAGGGCUUGCUGCACGAGAGGAGGCCGGGAGCUCCCUCAGCACAGGUCUAUCAGGAUGUGACGGGCUGUCAGGCAACACUGCUCAGCACCCAGGCCCGUGUGGUGGAGCUGGAGAGCCAGGUCCGGAUGCUGGAGCUGGAGCGGACGCAGCACAAACUGUUGCUGGAGAGUCUCAAGCAGCGGCACCAGGAAGACCUGGAUCUCCUUGAGAGAGCACACAGGAGCCAGAUAAAGGUGGUGGAGGAGACUUACGGGCAGCGAGAGGAGAGGCUGCGGCGGGAGAAGGAGCAGCUGGCGGCCCAGCUGCUGUCGCAGAGCCAGGACGCAGAGCGGGCCCGGGCAGAGCUGGUGGCACAGCACCAGCAGCGUGUGGCCACGCUGGAGCAGCAGAGCGCACAGGAGCUGGAGCGGCUGCGAGAGCUGCAGAGGUCAUCUGUCCAGGAGAUGCGCAAAGACCACGAAGAGCAGCUCCAGCGGCUGAAGCGGCUGAAAGACCAGGAGAUCGAUGCAGUGACCAGCGCCACUUCGCACACCAGGUCUCUGAAUGGUGUCAUUGAGCAGAUGGAGAAGUUCUCCAGCGACCUGCAUAACCUCUCGCACAAGGUGGAGGCCACGCACCACACCACCUCCCAGGAGCUGGCCAUGGGGGCACGGCAGCGGGACGAGCAGCUCAGGGUGCUCCAGGACAGGCUGUCGCAGCAGCAGAGGGAUAUGGAGGAGGAGCGGAGCCGACUCCAGGAGGUGAUCGCCAAAAUGGAGGCCAGGCUGAGCGAGCAGACUCGGCUGCUGGAGCAGGAGCGAUGGAGGGCGACAGCAGAGCAAUCCAAGGUGGAAUCGCUGCAGUACUCGCUGGAGGAGCAGCGGCGAGUCAUGACCCAGCAGCUCUCCAUGGAGCGAGCAGAGCUGGAGAGGGCGAAGAGCGCUUUGCUGGAGGAGCAGAAGUCGGUGAUGCAGAAGUGCUCAGAGGAGCGCCGGAAGCUGGCAGUGGAGUGGGCCGAGUUCCACACCCAGCAGCAGCUGAGCAAGGAGCGGAUGGAGCGCGAUAUAGACCGAGCCCUGCAGAUGGACUCCCAGAGAGAGGGCACCAUCAUGAGCCUGGCCAAGGAGCAGGCAGAGCUGAAGAUACGGGGCCGUGAGCUGAAGGCCAAGGAGGAGCAGCUGGCGCGGGACAGGGAGCUGCUGGACGAGGCCUGGCACGAGCUGAGGCUGGAGAAGGAGAAGGUGAAAGGGGCUGCGUUGCGCAUCCGGCAGCGGGAGGAGGAGAUCAAAAGCAUAAACAAGCUCUCAUCCCAGAAGUACGAGGAAGGGGAGCAAGCCCUGCGGGAGGCGUGCAGGCUGGAGUCCGAGCACCAGACCCGGCUGCAGGUCAUGCAGCAGCAUCUGGAACAGCUGAAGCAGCAGGAACAGCGUCUGCACCAGGAGCGGCUGAGCAUGGCUCACCAGAGGAGGCAGCUCGAGCAGCUGCGCGAGGAGCUGCCCAACAACCCCACGCUGCUGCUGCCCACAGACCAGGACCUCGGUGCCCCCACCAAGGGCCUCUCCGGCUUGAGCUUUCCACCUCCUGCUAGGACAUUCCCCGGGCACAGGAGUGCAGGCACGGCCGGCCCCGCGGAGCUCUAUGCCAAACUGCUGCUGCUGAAGCACAGGGCCCAGCAGGACCGCGAUUUCCUGGAGGACGAGCAGCUCUUCCUGGAGACCCUGACGAAAGCAUCCUACAACACGUCGCCUCUGUCAGCCUGAGGAACUGGCUGUGUCCCCUGAGCACACUGCUGGGCCGGGCAAACGUGGGACGAGAGAACACACAAUAAAUAACGCCCGUUUGAAGACAUAA